CCGUCGCCAGCUAUAAAGAAUCCUCCUCCAGCGACUCGCUUUCUCACCAGUUCUGUGUCUGGUUCAGCUUCGAACACCGGAAAUGGCGUGUCUUCAACGCUGUCUCUUCCUCUCUCUGCUUCUCCAUUCCAUUCUCCUUAACAAUUAUACAGUCAAAUGUGAUGAUGAAGAAGAAACUCUUCUUAAAGGAAUUAACAGCUAUCGAGCAUCCUUAAAGUUGGCAGCUCUGACAAAGAAUGACAAAGCCGAGUGCCUUGCUGAGCAAAUGGCUGACCAAUUCAAAGAUCAACCCUGCACAAACACGACGGGAUCUAACACUGUGCCAGGAACUGAACCUCAAUUUUCCACCUACCCAAAACUUCUAGCCAAGUGUCAUUUAAAUGUCACGACAACACAGGAGGGAGCAAUAUUACCUGCUUGUGUUCCCAAGCUGGAUCCAAGCCUCGUCCUGUCUAACUUCACAAAGUCUCAGUAUUCAGACUAUCUAAAUGACACCAAAUACACGGGAGCUGGUAUUGGUUCUGAAGAUAACUGGAUUGUUGUCGUUUUGACAACAAACACUCCUAAAGGAAGCUUUAUGGAAGACAACUCAGUGGGUGGUUUGGCCAAGGUUGGCCUGAUCUGCCAGUGGCUGCUUCUAGCAAUGAACUUCCUGUUCAUGCUCUGAGAAUAUGUGCAUGAUCGGAUAUUAGUAGCUUGAUGUGCUUUUUGGGGUGGGAUUAACUACCAUGGUGUGAUCAUGCUUUUUCAUUCCAGUGCAGGAACAAAGAAGAAGGAUACCAAUUUAUGUUUUGUCGAUUGAAAUCUCAAACAAUGUUGAAGAGUCUUGAUAAAGCGGUAGAUGCCAGGGGAGGAUGAGAGACUGUAUGCCGAUGUUUCUCCAGCUGUGUUGUUGUUUGGAGUUUUCCGAUUUCGGUUUUGUAGAAUGAGAAGUACAAAAUGAAACCAAAAGCUGUUUCAUUCAUGGACAAGUUUCUGGAAAAUGUAUCCUUGAUUCAUACAAAGAGGAAGGAGGAACUUCUGUUUUCUUUUCUUUUUA